AUGGCAUCGAGCACUGGAGCUUCCUCAGAGUUUUACACUCUAUAUCAAACUGAACGAGUUGGCAUCACACAAGAUCUAGAUCUAUUAAAGACAACACCUCCAACUGCAAUCGCUGCAAAAUGCGACGACUUGCUAUCACGAAUCAAUGCAUUGCAAGAAAAGAUUAAUGCUGCCACCAUCUACUUGCCUCAGUAUGAUCAACGCCAACUCGCAUUGCAAACCAGACAAUUAUCGGACGAGUUAGCAGUACAACGCGCUGCUCUCCUACCAAAGUCCAAAUUCUCAUUCAAAUCGACAAGAGCUACUGUUACUGCUCCUGUGGCGACAAAACAGAAUGUGGAUCCUGUCCCUGCUAUAGCUAAACCCGCUGAAGAUCAGCAAUAUCAACCAUCACCAAACUCGUACUCCAUCACAACCAAAGCCAACACAUACAUAACAACAACACAACAAGACCGGCAUCAUCAACAAGAAGAAGCAUACAUACAACAACUCUCAUCAUGUGUCGUGGACUUGAGUGAUAUGCCAAGUCUAGCUGCUGUCUAUAUAUCAGAUCUACGUGAUUGUGUAGUCAGAUUGCCACCUGUGAAUGGAUCUGUUUGGGUCGAUCGGUGUCAGAAUUUGAUCUUGUUUGCUGCUUGUCGACAGUUUCGAAUGCAUCAAACAAGUAAAGCUGAUAUCUACUUGCAUGUUAAAUCACACCCCAUCAUUGAACAUUGCACAAAGAUCAACUUUGGGAGGUACAUACUCUCGGAUGAAUCACUGCAGAGAACACAAUUGGAUCCACAAGUCAACCACUACACCUCCGUCGAAGACUUUGACUGGUUAAAACAGCAUGCCAGCCCUAACUGGUCUACAAUGACUGAUGACAAACAAAACAAGACUUGGGAAGCAAAACAUCCCAACGAAACUGUAGAAUCUUUUGUAACCAGAUGGCUGUAA